AAUGGGGAACAAUGCGAGUGAGCAACUUGAGGAAGUCAUUGUGAAAGAAAGCUGGGAAUUGCUCCGCGGCCAACUUAGCAGGGCACUCUAACAAGUGCCUGCCCUGCGCGGCCGCGCCCCGGCCGGCGACAGCCGCAGCCCGGCGCAGUGCAGCCCAUCCCGGGACACUCGGCCGAGGCAGGCGGAGACCCAGCAGGUCCCGCGGGGGUGCAGGAGCCCCAGGCUCCCCGGCUGCUCUUCGCACGUGCCCCAGGAUCAGUCUUGACCCCCAAAGCGCGGCGCACAAAUCCACAUAAUCUGAAGACAAUGGACACUGAUGAGGGUCAAGACAUGUCCCAAGUUUCAGGGAAGGAGAGCCCCCCAGUCAGUGACACCCCAGAUGAAGGGGAUGAGCCCAUGCCUGUCCCUGAAGACCUCUCUACCACCUCUGGAGCACAGCAGAACUCCAAGAGUGAGCGAGGCAUGGUUGCAUAUGGGGCUGACGGCUUUAGGGAUUUUCAUGCAAUAAUUCCCAAAUCUUUUUCCCCCAGUAAUGUUAAAGUAGAGACUCAGAGUGAUGAAGAGAAUGGGCGUGCCUGUGAAAUGAAUGGGGAAGAAUGUGCAGAGGAUUUACGAAUGCUUGAUGCCUCGGGAGAGAAAAUGAAUGGCUCCCACAGGGACCAAGGCAGCUCGGCUCUGUCAGGAGUUGGAGGCAUUCGACUUCCUAACGGAAAACUAAAGUGUGAUAUCUGUGGGAUCAUUUGCAUCGGGCCCAAUGUGCUCAUGGUCCACAAGAGAAGCCAUACUGGUGAGCGGCCUUUCCAGUGCAACCAGUGCGGGGCCUCCUUCACCCAGAAGGGCAACCUGCUGCGCCACAUCAAGCUGCACUCGGGCGAGAAGCCGUUCAAGUGCCACCUCUGCAACUAUGCCUGCCGCCGCAGGGACGCCCUCACCGGCCACCUGAGGACGCACUCCGUUGGUAAGCCUCACAAAUGUGGAUAUUGUGGCCGAAGCUAUAAACAGCGAAGCUCUUUAGAGGAACAUAAAGAGCGAUGCCACAACUACUUGGAAAGCAUGGGCCUUCCAGGCACGAUGUACCCAGUCAUUAAGGAAGAAACUAACCACAGUGAGAUGGCAGAAGACCUGUGCAAGAUAGGAGCAGAGAGGUCCCUUGUUCUGGACAGACUGGCAAGCAACGUCGCCAAACGUAAGAGCUCUAUGCCUCAGAAAUUUCUUGGAGACAAGUGCCUGUCAGACAUGCCCUAUGACAGUGCCAGCUAUGAGAAGGAUGAAAUGAUGACAUCCCAUGUGAUGGACCAGGCCAUCAACAAUGCCAUCAACUACCUGGGGGCCGAGUCCCUGCGCCCGCUGGUGCAGACGCCCCCCGGCAGUUCCGAGGUGGUGCCUGUCAUCAGCUCCAUGUACCAGCUGCACAAGCCUCCCGCCGACGGCCCCCCACGGGCCAACCACUCGGCGCAGGACAGUGCCAGUGCCGUGGACAACUUGCUGCUCCUGUCCAAGGCCAAGUCCGUGUCAUCGGAGCGGGAGGCCUCCCCGAGCAACAGCUGCCAAGACUCCACCGACACCGAGAGCAACGCGGAGGAGCAGCGCAGUGGCCUCAUCUACCUGACCAAUCACAUCACCCCGCAUGUGCGCAACGGGCUGGCCCUCAAGGAGGAGCAGCGUGCCUAUGAGGUGCUGAGGGCGGCCUCAGAGAACUCGCAGGACGCCUUCCGCGUGGUCAGCACGAGUGGCGAGCAGCUGAAGGUGUACAAGUGCGAACACUGCCGCGUGCUCUUCCUGGAUCACGUCAUGUACACCAUCCACAUGGGCUGCCAUGGCUUCCGGGAUCCUUUUGAGUGUAACAUGUGUGGUUAUCACAGCCAGGACAGGUACGAGUUCUCAUCCCAUAUCACACGUGGGGAGCAUCGCUACCACCUGAGCUAAAUGCAGCCAGGCCCCACAGAAACACAAAGGUGGCUGCCUCCGCCUCCCCCCUGGCAGACGGACCCAUGGCGGACAAUGUUGAGUGUGUACUUGCAGGCAGUGUUUGUUCCUUUAAGUUGGUUGUUUGGGAUAUAAUUUGCGUUAGAAGACAAGUUUUUAAUGUUAGAGACAGGAUUGCAUUGCAUCGGGAGCAUUCAGAACAUCCAUGCGUCUACACGGUUUUGUUGUCUGCUAGCUGAGAUUUCCCUGACCAGUGGCUUUCUGACCCCCACACCCACACCCAAAGCGGAGCUGCAUUUUCAGAGAACUGAAUGAAACAAUUAUCCAAGAAAGAGCAAAGUGAACCUUGUCCUAAGCAGGGUUUAUGCUGCAUGGAUUCUCCAAAUCCCCCCAAAACAUAAUAGUCACUGGGGUGGGGCCAUCUCAGGGAGCUCCACAGGUGAGCCACAGGACCAGAAAUAAGGCAGCUGAGGAGGAGCAAGGACACAGCCUAUGUGGGGACCAGGGCAGAAGGUUGAUCUUUGAAGGACACUGUUAAGUCAUACACCGCAUGGGAACAUGGUGUCUGAGCAAGUCGUGCUAGGGCACUGACUCCUCCGGGCAAGAAGGGAAGGGGACUGGACAGCCUUGGAGACUCCUCAUUUGCCUCACCCAGCCUCCUGGCACUUGUUGCCCAAUGAGAUGAGCUCAGUGCUCCUGGGGGCACUUUUGGGUAGCCCCCUUCUCUUGUCACCCCAUGCCAUUAAUGGUCCCAAAGCUCAUCACUGCAUUUUAGACGCCAAUCGUGAAAUUGAGAUCUUACUUUAAACUUCUCAUACUGUAAAAUUCCUCAGAAGCCAAAGCUUUCUUCCAAGUCCCACUCUCAGUUGUCUGGGUUUCUAUUCUUCCCUGGAUUGGUUGUACCUGGGAUCGGAACAUACCCCACCAAAGCGCAACCCCAUCCUUCAUUUCAACUGAGUCCCUAUUUUGAUUAUAGCUAUGGCCUGGCUAUCUUAGUCUGAUAAUUAUCCUCCAGAAUGACCAUUUUUAGCAAAUAUAUGGGCCCAGCAUCUCAGUGGCUAAAACACAGAAUAUCCUUGUUUUUAAAUGUUCUGAAGCUCUUCGGUAUAAACACCAAGUAGCAUGUGUUUUCACAUAGACAGGACAGGGACCAUGCAUCCUUUAUCAGGUAGAGGUAUUAGCGUGUUGGAAUGUUUGGGGUCACAGAGUGACCAGUGCAGGUUCCCAGAGAGGAAUGUCCACCAGAUGUCACAGGAAAGAGGUAGGUGAGUGGUAGAGGUGCGAUCUGGUCCAGCCAGACCAAGACAAGGAUGCUCUUCUGAAGGCAAGUCAGUUAGCUGGAGAUCCCAUCAGGAUGCUCCUCUCUUAAGAUUCAGUAUUAGGGUCAUUACCCUCCACCACCUCAAUAAAACAAAAGGCAUAUACUUGUCAAUGUUUACAGCAUGAUCUUCACAGAAACUCUCUGGGGUGAUUCCAAAGAGCUGGAGGGGAAAUUAUCUAUAGCAUCUCUUAGACUAAAUCAGGGGUUCUUAGUUGCAGGCCUCCUGACUCAUGGAGGGCAUCAUCACUGGUGGGGACUGUCCUAUGAAUUGUAGCUUACCUAGCAGUAUCCCUGGUCACUGCCCAGUAAAUGCCAAUAGCAUCCUACUUGAUUUCCAAAACUGUCUCCCAGGUGUUCUUUGGGCAAACAAACCACUGAUCUAAAUUUUAAGCUGGUGGAAAGUGUGGAAAGCUUUCCAAAAAUCAGAAGCACUUCCCCAGUCUGCAGCCUCAAGCUGCACUUACUUCUUUGGAAAGUGGAUGGAUUCUAUUUGCGCACUUGAGACUACACUUCCUCAAGUGCCUCUGGGUUCAGUUGCAGGAAUGAAGUUCACCAAGGUGUCACUCUUAAGUGUCAAUUUCUUUGCUUCCAGAACAAUGUGGCAUUUUGAAAGUGAAAAUAAAAUUGCAACUAUAAUGAUUUACACUGAGUAGAGGGAGAAUCUGAGGAACUAGAGCUGUGACAGCUUUUGUUCAAUAUGCAGUUAAGGAGAAAGGCUGGCCUUACCCAAAUCAUAUAUUCCAGGUGACAACCUCCCAAGCUCCUGCUCACCCUUGUCCUUACCCGUGAGAGCCACAGGGUCAGCUGGUCCAAGGGAGAUGACUCCAAUCCCCACCCCUACCCCUGCCACUGGCAUUCAGAGGUUGAGGCAGGAUUGUAAAUAGUGGCUUCAGGAGCUGUUUUCUAGAAUGCUUUGCCCCUUCCUCUCACUGCCUUUUUUAGCUGAUAUGUCUAUUUGCACACCUUUUGUUGUGGUUUUAUAUUAUAACAGCAUUUUUGAAACUAUUGUAUUUAAGAUAAGGUUUCAUAUUAUGUCCACAAGUAAUUAAAUUAUGUUUGAAGGUGGCUAUAUUCUGUAUCACAAGUUGAUGAUGUUUUUUCUUUAUCUGGUAAAGUAGGGUUUUGCAUGA